AUGCGACUGGAGUCUAGCUGUCUCCAGGCCCUCACUAUUGCACCACUGGGACUCGGACUUGGGUCAUUCAAUGAUGAGGGUCACGAGCAGCACGACGGUGUCAUCUGGUGCCAUUCUGCUCGUACCAAUUUCCAGGCUCGCCAGUCCCGACUUCAGACAGGACGCCACUGCCAGACCGGCCGAAGGGCCAAUCAAUCAGUCAGCUCCAGUCCAAUCGUUGUGACGACUGCCGGACAGAGUUGUCCAGCCAACAGACGACUCGGCAUGGCCGGCCAAAUGAGUGUGAUUCCAGCAAGUUAUUACGCCACAAAUGGUGGAAGCAAACUUUCAUAUUUCCAUCUAUUCGUCUAUCAAGCCAUCUACUCAUUUGCCAAUCUAUAG